AUGAGACGUAAUCAAUAUAGAGAAAUCUCAUCGGACGAAUUUGACGAUUAUGAAAAAAGAAGAGAAAAGAAAAAACAGAAAGAGAAACAAGUGUUGGUGGAAGAAUUUAUAGAAGAAGAGGGACAAGAAGACGUGGAUAUUCUGGAGGAUGAGCGGACGGCGACUGGGGGAAAUGUUGAUUUGGAGGAGGAGAUAAAAUUCGGUGAGCAACUCCAUGACGACUUGAUUAACUCGUUUUGUGAUAAGCUUCAAGCGGUUUGUCCUCGCAAGUUGGAAGCUCUUCUUGCUAUCCAAUUCUUGAUGGUUACAGACGCAGAAAACAUUCGGAAAUUUGUGACAGGAAAAAAUUCUGCGAUGCAAGUGAUCUACGAUCAGAAAAGAUCACAUUAUAUUCUUGUUCACUACAACGCUCGAAAAGAAAGAGUCGAGAUUUAUGACAGUUUGCAGCAGUUCAAAAAGAAUGGAUAUCCAUUUACCGAUAACUUCUCGUGCGGCUACCGUGUGAUCGGAGCACUCGUCGACUUGGCUUGUGGCAGGAGACCCUCGUCUCAAAGAUACAGUCGAAGUCGGAUUCUGGAGUUGAUGAGAGUGAUUCUGACAGAGGAGAAACCGACUUGGGAAAUGUUUGAGUCGGCGGAAUACGGAGUACCGAAAUCUCGGAAUGGAGCAUCUCGAUACAGACUUGCAAUUGUGAAUACCUCGUAUGCCACACCAGUUUCAUCGGUGUCUUCUUCUUCGUCCAUGGCUUCACUGAAUUCGAAUAUAUCACAGAAAACGGUGGAUUCAGAUGAAACUAGGAAAUAUGUGUUGAAGACUCCCUACAGAUUAGCCGAAUUCGAAGUUGUCGAGGAAGACGAAUUCCCAAAAACAUCGAAUUCAUAUCACUCUCUUCCAUCAGAACAACAGUCUGAAAUUCCUACAAUUGCAAUGAAAUCUCUAUCAUUCACUCCUGGAGAUCAUUCGAUUAUCGGAUAUAUUCGAAGUAGUUGCCAACAUUUAAUGGAUUUUUUGAGGUGGAGAACUGUGGAUUUUGAGCUGAAAGAAGUGAAAAAAAGAGAGAAGCAGGAUUAG